AUGGAUCCUCUUCUGGAACAAGUUUUGGCGGGCUUUAACGCAACACUCAGAGCUACGAAUCGGACAGACCCCCUGGAUAAAUUUUCAGGAACCCAGCUGCUUUUGCGCUUCAAACCUCUGUUUAUUCCACUCUACGCCUUGGUCGUUGUUGUUGCUGGUGUCGGGAACAGUUUCCUUCUUGUCUGCAUUCUGGUGGACAAGAAGCUCCACAAUGCCACCAAUUUCUUCAUCGGCAACCUAGCAGCUGGGGACUUGCUGAUGUGCCUGAGCUGUGUGCCAUUGACAGCGUCGUAUGCUUUUGAUGCACACGGCUGGGCAUUCGGCCGUCCAAUGUGCCACCUUAUUCCUCUGUUGCAAGGUGCAACAGUCUUUGCCUCUGUAUUAUCCCUCACCGCCAUCGCCAUGGACCGUUACGUGGUGGUGGCAUACCCAGUGCGGAGGCGUAUCUCAGUGUGGGGCUGUGGCGCAGUGGCAUUGGGUGUCUGGGCAGUUUCGUUGGCCCUGGCCGCUCCUCCUUCCCUCCACACGCGCUACGUGGACCUGCGACCCAGUGGCAUGGAGUUGGUAGCAUGCGAGGAAUUCUGGCUGGGAGCCGAACGACAGCGCCUGCUCUACUCCUGCUUCUUCUUGCUGGCAUCCUACAUGAUCCCCCUGCUGUCUGUAAGCAUCUCUUACUGUGCCAUCAGUGUUCACCUCCGCAAACACACAUUGCCUGGAGAGCCAUCCCAUAGCCAGCAGCGUUGGAGCAAGCAGCGGCGCAAGACUUUCUCCCUUCUGGUGGCCUCUGUCCUCGCCUUUGCCCUCUGUUGGCUCCCUAUGCAAGUCCUCAAUCUCCUUCUGGAUCUAGACUCGGACUUCCAGAUCGUGGACAAGCGCUACGUCAACGUGCUGCAGGUCAGUUGCCACCUGAUAGCCAUGAGCUCAGCCUGCUACAACCCCUUCAUCUAUGCCUCGCUGCACAGCAAGGUCCGCAUGCACCUGCGGGGUUACCUGUGCCCUUGCAGACGUAGUGGACAGGAGCUACUAUCUCGUUGCGCCUCCCGCAACCCAGCCACCUGCUUGACGCUCAUCUCUGAGGUAGCUGUGAAGGAGAUCCAAUCACCUGAGAGCCCCGUCCCCGACAGCUGCCUCUGA